UUCACUCCAUGACCUCAUGAAAGGUGUGCCAUUUAGCUGGACAGCCAAUCAGAGGCCAGCUGUUUGAAUUUAUGCCAGGGAUUUUUGAAGGUUUACAAAAUUUCAGCUGUGGUGGCAAAAGCCAGUUUUUUUCAAUCCUUAAACCUUAGUGAACAAGAUGCUCUAUACGCCGGCUGGUUACUUUUGCGACCGGUUAAUCUGGGAGAGGGAGAGAAGGGAUGGAGAAGGAUCACUUAGCAAACCCAUCCUCUUCAGCAAUCAGGAAUACAACACCCUUAGGCAAGAGCAUCUCCAGAAGAAGACCCUUUUCGAGGAUGAAACCUUCCCUGCAACUGUGGACUCCCUCGGCUACAAAAAGCUGGGCCACAAGUCCAAAAAAGUCAAGAAAAUCGUCUGGAAGCGGCCCAAGGAGAUAUGUGAUAACCCAGAGUUCAUUGUCGGAGGUGCUAGCAGGACAGAUAUCUGCCAGGGAGACCUGGGUGACUGCUGGUUGCUUGCUGCCAUUGCAUCUCUAACUCUAAAUGAGAAGCUGCUGUAUCGUGUUAUUCCUCAAGAGCAGAGCUUCUCCGAUGGUUAUGCUGGAAUUUUCCAUUUUCAAUUCUGGCGUUAUGGAGACUGGAUGGAUGUUGUCGUUGAUGACCGCAUUCCCACCAUCAAGAACCAGUUGGUGUUCACCAAGUCUGCUGAGAGGAAUGAAUUCUGGAGUGCUCUCCUGGAAAAAGCUUAUGCUAAGCUUCAUGGUUCCUACGAGGCUCUUAAGGGUGGAAACACUGCUGAGGGAAUGGAGGACUUCACUGGAGGUGUGACUGAAUACUAUGAGAUGAAUGAGGCACCCAAAGAGCUGUAUAAGAUCAUGAAGAAAGCUCUGGAGAGAGGAUCCCUCAUGGGCUGCUCCAUUGAGUCGCUGGUUCCAGCCCGCUUUGAAACCCUUACUGCAACAGGUCUUGUGAAGGGACACGCCUACUCCGUGACUGCUGUAGAGGAGUGUAAACAGUCCAAGCUGAAAAGGUCUAAAGUACGUCUGGUGCGUCUGCGUAACCCCUGGGGUCAAGUGGAAUGGAACGGACCUUGGAGUGAUAAUUCAAAAGAGUGGGAAACCAUCUCUAAAGCUGAAAAAGAGAAACUCCAGCAACAGAAUGCCGAAGAUGGAGAGUUCUGGAUGUCAUUUAAGGACUUCAAGAAAAAAUUCACCAAGAUUGAGAUUUGCAACCUGACCCCUGAUGCUCUGGAAGACGAUAAGUUACACAAGUGGACAGUGUCAGUUAAUGAGGGACGCUGGAUAAGAGGCUGCUCUGCUGGAGGCUGCAGGAAAUAUCCAAACACAUUUUGGACAAACCCACAAUACCGCCUGCGACUCAUGGAGGAAGAUGACGACCCAGAGGAUGAUGAAGUGACCUGCACUUUUGUUGUUGCUCUGAUGCAGAAAAACAGACGUAGCAAGUUGGGUGUAAAACUCCUCACUAUUGGAUUUUCCAUCUAUGAGGUGCCAAAGGAGAUGCAUGGAAACCAGCAGAACAUGCAGAAGGAGUUCUUCAUUUCUAACUCCUCUAAGGCUCAUUGCAGAGCCUUCAUUAACUUGCGAGAGGUGACCCAGCGUUUCCGUAUGAGUCCUGGCGAGUAUGUCAUCGUUCCCUCCACCUAUGAGCCCCACCGGGAAGGCGAGUUCCUCCUCCGUGUCUUCUCUGAAAAGAAGAACACCUCUGAGGAGAUAGAGAACAGGAUUGAGGCUGAUCAUCCAGUGCCGAAUCCAGCUUCCAAUGGGGAAGAGAGCAAGGAGGACCAGCAGUUCCUGUCCUUUUUCCAGCAGAUUGCGGUGGACGUGAGUACUUGGGAGCCAGUAAUCGCUGGGAAAAUGGAAAUCUCGGCCAAUGAGCUCAAAGAUGUCUUGAACACAGUGGUGUCUAAAAACAAGAACAUUCACACUGAGGGCUUCAGUCCAGAUAACUGUAGAAGUAUGAUCGCCCUCAUGGACAUGGAUGGAACAGGCAGACUUAACCUUCAAGAGUUCAGACACUUGUGGAACAAAAUUAAACAGUGGCAGGGAAUCUUUAAGCGCUAUGACUUUGAUCAUACUAGCACAAUCAGUAGCUAUGAGAUGAGGAAUGCCAUCAACGAUGCAGGGUUCCGUCUGAAUAACCAGCUGUAUGACAUCAUCACCUUGCGCUAUGCCGAUGAAAACAUGAAGGUCGACUUCGACAGUUUCAUCAGCUGUCUUGUGCGACUGGAGGGGAUGUUCAGAGCAUUCCAGGCCUUUGAUCAAGAUGGAGAUGGAACCAUCAGACUUAAUGUACUGGAGUGGCUCCAGCUAACCAUGUAUGCAUAGACCACCUAUGGAUCCAGGUGAGCCCAAGCUCUGCAAGGACCAGAACUACCAGCUUUUACCUCAACACUCAAUGUGCCAGACUACUGUUACCUCUUUCUCUGUACCUCAGCCCACAUUCACCACCAGCUCUAUACAACACAACUGUCUCAAAUCUCAUACAUGAUUACUCAUCUUCAUUUAAAACAUUCUGGGAUGGAAAGAUGGGUGAAACCAACAUGGCUGAUUAAUAGACUGGUCCAUUACUUUAUCUUUAUAUACUAUCCAAUUCUCAGUCUCACCAAAGGUUAUGUUGGUAAAGCUGAUGGUCCACCCAGCAGUGGUUUACCUAAAUGCAUUAGCUUUUUCCCUUCAUCUGCCUUCUUGCUCUUUGGCAUCUUUUUCUUACACAUAGAAAACAUGGAAUCUCUUUUUGCCUCAGAGACAAAUCUUCGUCAUACUACAACCAUAUCUGAAUCACUUUUCUUGAAAAAUAUUGUCUUUGCUUCUUUACUCGGACAUGAUCUACUUGCAUCCCAACUUCCCAUUUUGAUUGGUAAUGACAAAAUCCAUAAAUAACUAAACACACAUGGACCAUGUAUAUGGUUCUGUUGCAAAAGCAGCUUGUUUUCAGACAGAUUAGCUGUUUCAGUAUCAACUCCCCAUUCUUGUUUCAAAUCCUGGAUGUUUCUAGAGACGUGUUACAAUUUUGUUAUGAAGUUAAUGUGAUGGGAAAUACGAACACAGGAAGAGCCAAAUAAGGAAGGAGUACCAUCAAGAACUGCUGGAGGAGAAUCAUCAGGAAACAGCAUAGAACUUAUGACUACCUGAUGGAUGGCAGUGUUCAGGGUCUUCGAUUCAUACUGUGGGCUUAGACAUGGGUUGAACUUUUUUGUGCGUGCUUCAUUUAACCUUUUGUUCAAAUGAGUAUCCUAACUUCUUCACCAGUUUAAAUAAAUAAUUGUGUAGUUCUCGGUUUAAGUGCUUUCCCAGGAAAAAAAAAAGUUGUAUUCUGGAUUUUGUUUUAUCCUAAUUAUUUGCACAAAUGGAACUGGCACUUUCCACAAAUAGAUAAGUUGUAAUUACAAAGUGUGGUCAGAAUUGUAAAGAAAAAAGGUUUUUUUUUUCCAACAAAGGGUCAGUGAAAAGAGGUGCUUAAAGGAAUAUUCCAGGUUCAAUACAAGUUAAGCUUAAUCAACAGCAUUUGUGGCAAAAUGUUCAUACCACAAAAAGCAAUUUCGACUCUCAUUUUCUUUAAAAAAGCAAAAAUCUGGGUUACAGUGACUACAUCUAUAUGGACACCAGAAAUGGCACAUUGCGAGAAAGUAGCCUUCCCGUUUACAUGCACCGUAUAAGCGGCAUACUCUUUACUCCCUUAUACAUGCAGAUCGGUAAGCACCUUUCUUCACAGCAACUUAAUUUUCCCACGACACUUCUAUAAAUAACAAACAUGGCAUCCUAGGAAGACUUAACUAUUCGUAUUACCCAUUGCUUCGCUUUAUUCCAGUAGGGCUGCAAUUAACUGACUAAUCUAACGAUUAUCAUAAUGAUUAUUCAAUUAUUCGGAUGAUUAUUGCAACGAUUAUUCAUUAGCACUUAGCCAACAAUUCAGCUUGUGUCUAGAGUUAAAAGGUUGUAUUAAGCGUGCUUACUAACCAUAAAGAGGACAAAAUCAUCUUUUAAAAAUACCUCUAAAUGACAUUUGCUGAAUUACUGGAAGAAUUGUUUUUUUUAUGUUUAAUUCAGUAAACAAAAUCACUGCAAAAAAAUCUUAUUGUUAUUGAGUGUUUUUGUCUUGUUUUAUAUAAAAAAAAUGGUUUAAAUCAUUAGAACGAGAUACAUUAACUUGAGAAGCAACAUAUAAGAUAUUUAGACUUGCUUUCAGAGAAUAUACAGUAUUUUGAAUAGAAGUAUAUUUUGUAUACAAGUGUAUUUUUUUUAUUUUAAUACUUUCAGUGCAGUAAAGAUAAAAUACACUUAUAUUCAUAUGUUGUCUGAAAGCAAGUCAAAAUAUAUUUUAUGUUGCUUCUCAGGUACAGUUGAAGUCAAACGUUUACAUACACUUUACAGGUUGAAGUCAUUAAACCUCAUUUUUUAACCACUCCACAGAUUUCAUAUUUGCAAACUAUAGUUUUGGCAAGUCGAUUUGGACAUCUACUUUGUGCAUUACAUGAAUAAUUUUUCCAACAGUUGUUUACAGGCAGAUUGUUUCACUUUUAAUUGACUAAAUCACAAUUCCAUUAGGUCAGAAGUUAACUGUGUCUUUAAGCAGCUUGGAAAAUUCCAGAAAAUUAUGUCAAGUCUUUAGGCAAUUAGCUUUUGAUAAGCUAAUUGGAAGUGUACCUGUGGAUGUAUUUUAAGGCCUACCUUCAAACUCAGUCCCACUUUGCUUGACAUCAUGGGGAAAUCAAAAGAAAUCAGCCAAGACCUCAGAAUACAAAUUGUGAACCUCCACAAGUCUCUUUCAUACUUGGGAGCAAUUUUCAAACAUCUGAAGGUACCACGUUCAUCUGUACAAACUAUAGUAUGCAAGUAUAAAAACCAUGGGACCAAACAACCAUCAUACCACUCAGGAAGGAGAUGCAUUCUGUCUCCUAGACAUGAAUGCAGUUUGGUAUGAAAAGUGCAAAUCAAUCCCAAAACAACAGCAAAGGACCUUGUGAAGAUGCUGGAGGAAACGGGUAGACAAGUAUCUAUAUCGACAUAACCUGAAAGGCUGCUUAGCAAGGAAGAAGCCACUGCUCCAAAACCACCAUAAAACAAUCCACACUACAGAAUACAAGUGCAUAUGGGGACAAAGAUGUUUGGAAAAGGGUAAGGCUUGCAAGCCGUAGAACACCAUCCCAACCGUGAAUCAUGGGGGUGGCAGCAUCAUGUUGUGGGGGUGCUUUACUGCAGGAGGGUCUGGUGCACUUCACAAAAUAGACGGCAUCAUGAGGAAGGAAAAUUAUGUGAUAUAUUGAAGCAAUAAUCCAAGACAUCAGCCAGAAAUUUAAAGCUUGGUCCCAAAUGGGUCUUCCAAAUGGACAAUGACCCCAAUCAUACCUCCAGAUUUGUGUCAAAAUGGCUUAAGGACAAUAAAGUCAAGGUAUCGGAGUGGCACUCACCUCAAUCCAAUAGAAAAUUUGUGUGCAGAACUGAAAAAGAGUGUCCGAGCAAGGAGGCCUACAAACCUGACUCAGUUACACCAGUUCUGUCUGGAGGAAUGGGCCAAAAUUGCAGCAACUUAUUGUGAGAAGCUUGUGGAAGGCUACCCAAAAUGUUUGACCCAAGUUAAACAAUUUAAAGGCAAUGCUACCAAAUUCUAACAAAGUGUAUGUGACCCUCAGGGAAUGUGAUGAAAGAAAUAAAAUCUGAAAUAAAUAAUUCUCUCUACUAUUAUUCUGACAUUUCACAUUCUUAAAAUAAAGUAUUGAUCCUAACUGGGAAUGUUUUCUAUGAUUAAAUGUCAGGAAUUGUGAAAAAGUGAGUUUAAAUAUAUUUGGCUAAGGUGUAUGUAAACCUCUGACUUCAACUGUAAAUAUAUCUUGUUUUAAGGAUUUAAAACUUCUUCUGCAGUACAGCUUCUUAAGUCAAUUAUCAUUUUAGAUAUUUAUUGGAAAACAACACAAAAAAGACUCAUUCAAAUGUUUUUUUUUUUUUUGUGUGUGUGUGCUGAGUGACUCCAGUCAGGCUUCCUAAGCAACCAGUUGGCCCGGUUGCUAGGGUGGGUAGAGUCACCUUGGGUUAACCUCCUUGUGGUCUCUAUAAUGUGUAGUUCUUGCUCUCGGUGGGGCACGUGGUGAGUUGUGCAUGGAUGCCGUGGAGAAUAGCGUGAAGCCUCCACACGCGCUAGGUCUGUGCGAUAGGUAAUGCGCUCAAGUCGCAUGAUAAAAUGUGUGGAUUGACUGUCUCAGACGUGGAGGCAACUGAGAUUCAUCCUCCACCACCCGGAUUGAGGCGAGUCACUAUGCCACCGCGAGGACCUAGAGCGCAUUGGGAAUUCCAAAUUGGGGAGAACCCCCCCCCCCCCCAAAAAAGCACUAUCAAAUCAGCUUUGCAUCUCUUUGCGUGUAAGUGUAUCAGCCGGGAGAAGUUUGAAACUCUCUCACGCUGUUUUUUCAAGUGACUCAUAGAAGCGGCGUUGACCGCACAGAUAAAUGCCAGUUUCAGAGUUUGUGCACAUUAAGGGGAUUCACUUCCUUGCUAUUUGAACUUUAAUCCAGGAUGCAUUAAAGAUAUAAUGCCGGUUUGUUUCCUUUUUAUAUGCUCCAACAUGCAAGAUUUGCUCCAGCGGGACGCCAGCUCCGGCUCCAAUUUAUUUAACGAUGACAGUGCUUCUGUAUUUACUUAUUUUGGAUAAUCCCCUCAUACUCUGCAAUCUACAUCACCUUAGGCUGUUUGGAAAGUUUGGAGUGUGACUGGACUGAGAGUUAUUUUCUUCCUCUCCUCUCGUGCGUUUGAACUAAAGUGCUCCUCUCAUCAUUAGUUUCAAAUGAUCUCAUGUUACGUUAAAUUAGAUCAAAUGACAAGGAAAUUUAUGUCGACAAUUUUGACAACGUUGACGAUAACGUCGAAUAAACGUCUCAGCCCUAAUUAUAUUCCAGAGUUGUUGCUGUAUGUUUUCGUAACUUUCUAUCGCCACCUGCAGCGGAAUUGCACUGCAAUAGUGGGGUUUUCCUCUUACAUAAAACUUCAGGAUUCCUCCAAUGUAUGAGUGCAUAUACGAACGUGAAGGAACAUUGAUAUUUUACAUUUGUGUGUAUAAAUGUGUAUAGUUUAUAGUGUAUGAACUUUUCCCACUGUGCUCCCAGAAAUGUUGAAUUCUUUCCACUUUGUUGACUUGUUGUUAAUCUCCAUCUCAUGAUGUUUGUUGUCGGGCCAACCCGUAAGCGUUAAAAUACACUGUUCAAUGUUUUAACAUGAUUUAGAGUGAUAAAAUCGCUUGCUUAUCUUUUCUGUGUAAAGUUAUAUCCAAUUUUACAAAUUGGCCCCACUCACUACCAUUGUAAACCUCACUGUAACCUCGAUUUUUGCUUUGUUUGUUUUUUUAAGAAAAGGUGUUAUGAGUCAAAAUUAAUUUUGUGGUAUUCCUUUAAGCUUCAGAAAAUGCUGUUUGUGCACCUUAGGUCAAAUUAAAUAUUAUAUGAGCUAUUUGCUAUUCAUUUAAUAUGGGAUUUGCAAUUUUUGCAAUACUGAGAGAAUGAUACCAUAAUUGAAGAUUUACCUAAAUUAAGCUGUCACUCAAGUUGAGGUUUGCUAUCUUGGGACCAAAUAUUGGUUUGUUGUAGUGAUUGAUAAACUUGUAUUUUUCCUCAUUUAAAGAAAAAUUUGAUUUUUUGUUUUUGUUUGAAUAACUGAAAGCAGUCAACAGAAAAAUGUGUUUAAAUGAUAUUAAACAUAGUACAGAAAUGGUCAAAAUGAUGUUACUUGGUGGAGGACAUUUG